ACAGCAAACGCUCCACUUCCUGCCACGUUGCCGCUACCUCGCCUGCGUGACUCCAUCAAACCCACAGCGUCUCUCUCCCAAGAUCCGACCUCCAUUCUACGCCGUCGUUUCGCCUCCAUUGUCCACCGUUUUUCAUCACUUUCCGAUUCACUCAAGUCUCCACAACUCGCGGCUUUGGGGCUGACUCUGCUGCACCGGUUUCUGGACUCCCCGUCUAGAGUUCGCUGCAGUUCUCGUGUAUCGACAAGCGUUUUUCUUCGACAAGUUCGCCGCGUAACCGUUGGAUCAAAUUCACGAUGGCCACCACGUCAUCCGCACCGUUGCUGGCGACGGCCGCCAAGAAGGCUGCGGAUCUUUGCCCGCGAAUGCUCGAGAAGCUCAUCAGAAGAUAUCACUCCACCCCCGUUGCUCUGGAGAGGGCUUUCCACACGGAGGUCACAUCGUCCACUUCGUUCGCAUCGUCAUCGCCUCCCGUCGCGACAGAAGUGCGCUAUCCGUUCGCGGGGGUGACUCUCUGGAAGCCCGACCCCGUGUCAGGAAACUGGGUUCCCGAGGCCGCUAUCCUCUCUUCCGGCUCGUCCCUCCGCUCCACGGUCGCAGCGCACAGCGACAGCGCUUCGGAAACGCGCUUCCGGUCGAUUCCGCGCGCCUCGAUGGACGAGCGUGCGUGGUGGUCGUCUGAGGAGUUCCCUAUGGAUCGGAGUUUCCGGUCAUCUGCAUAGUCGCCAGACGGCGAAGUUCGCUAGUUGCUGUACAGAGUUUAGAAUAACCCCCCUACAUGUGUACAUCAAUUUUGCGUGGUAAAUGUUGUUGGCUAUACUCCUGUUCCGCCGUCCCUUGGGGUUUUAAUGUGUACUGUUUCCCUGAAUGCAGCCAG